ACAGAAGGUUUGGUUGAGGUAGUUUGUUUGUGUGCGAAACAGUCGAGGGCCGCGAAGUGGGGGGAGCCAGUGCUGUCUCAGAAGUCAGCUACUUGGUACUGGAAGAAAUUGUCAUCCUGUUUGAAGCAGGUGGGGCAAAAAAUUCCUACGUGUCAAACUCUGGUCAGUAGUGGUAGUUCUUUGCAUUGGCUGGAGCACCCGUUGCUCUUGGAGUCUAGGCCAUGACCAGCAGAGGAGCUGCCAGGCCGAAUGGGCAAUCGCAGGCCAGCAAGAUCUGCCAGUUCAAGCUAGUACUGUUGGGUGAAUCAGCAGUAGGCAAGUCCAGCCUGGUGCUGCGUUUUGUCAAGGGACAGUUCCACGAAUACCAGGAGAGCACCAUUGGAGCGGCUUUCCUCACACAGUCUGUCUGUCUAGAUGAUACAACGGUAAAGUUUGAAAUCUGGGAUACAGCUGGUCAGGAAAGAUACCACAGUUUGGCUCCAAUGUAUUACCGAGGGGCUCAGGCUGCCAUUGUGGUAUAUGACAUAACCAACCAAGAAACAUUUGCACGAGCAAAAACAUGGGUGAAAGAACUCCAACGGCAAGCUAGCCCAAAUAUUGUUAUAGCCUUAGCAGGAAAUAAGGCUGAUCUUGCCAACAAGCGCAUGGUAGACUAUGAAUUCGACAUGAAUCCUGAAAUGACAUCUUACAAUUCAUUAACUGCAAAACUCUUCUUUGUUGAUGGUGCUCUGAUUCCAUCGCAUACAAUGACACUUGCAGUCCUUAUGGAGAACCCAGGAGGAGUCCUAAGCAUGUCCUUUCCCUCUUCAAUAAAGCUGAAAUACUGCACUGUGCUCAGCUCAUGA